ACCCAACUAUCUCUGAAACAAAAACAACAUCAGAUUAUGGUUAACCUGAACCCUAUCUCUCACCUCAUUCUUCACCUUUUGCUCUUGCUAUUUUUAGCUUCUUCAGGUUCGGGGCAUGGAGUUCCAGAUUCAUGCUUCGAGGAAGAGAGACAAGCCCUUCUCAACUUCAAACAUGAUCUUGCCGAUCUUUCUGGCAGGCCUUCUAGCAGGCUUUCUUCUUGGGUGGGUCAUGCAUGCUGUCAAUGGCAAGGAAUUUCAUGCAACAACCGAACUGGUCAUGUUGAAAAGAUGGACCUCCGAAAUACAUAUCCAGAUACCCACUAUGAGGUUUGGAACGACACAGAGUAUAACCAAUCCUUUUUAGUGGGUAAGAUGAAUCAUUCUUUGCUUCGCUUAAAACAUUUAUCUUACUUAGAUCUAAGCUGGAACUAUUUUCAAGGGGUUCACAUCCCCAAGUUCAUUAGGCAGCUUACGAGUUUGACUUAUCUCAAUCUCUCAAAUUCCUACUUUGCCGGAGAGAUUCCGUCAUCUCUCGGUAACCUCUCAAACUUGAACUAUUUAGACCUCAAAUCUAUUUAUGGCGGUGUUUCUACCAAAAACUUGAAUUGGCUUUCUCAUCUCACUUCCCUAAAAUACCUCAAUCUUAGAUAUGUGAACCUUAGCAGCACUAGAGUAAGUUGGCUACAUGAUGUCAACAUGCUUCCUUCACUCUUAGAGUUGCAUUUGUCUUCUUUCCAAAUUGAUGGAAACCAGCUUCCACUCUCCCUGCCCACAAUUAACUUCACAUCACUUUUGGUCCUUGAUAUGUCUUCCAAUGUUAUUAAUUCUUCAUUCCCCACAUGGCUUUUAAAUCUUACUAGCCUCAAAUCCCUCGAACACCUAGACUUAUCUUCUAUGUAUCUCCAAGGUCAAAUUCCUCAAGGUAUUGGACAUCUGUGCAAGCUAAAGAUGUUAAAUCUUGGGUACAACCAAUUUAGCGGAGGUCUUCAAGAGAUUUUGAGUGGUUUCUCAAAUUGUCGAGAUAAUGGGGGGAUGGUAAGUGAAUUGCAGCAUCUUGACCUCAGUUCCAACUCUUUUUCUGGAUCAUUUCCAGAAUCUUUUCAACACUUAUCAUCCUUGAAAACACUGGACCUCUCUUAUAAUCGUAUGAACGGUUCCAUUAUUCCUCAAAUUUUGGGACAACUCUCUCAGCUAGUUGAUCUAGAUCUGUCUAGGAAUCCAUGGAACGGAAUUCUAACGGAAGCGCAUCUCAUGAACCUCAGGAGAUUGGAGACAUUUCGAAUAGGCACAGACAAACCUGCGUUGUCAUCAUCCCUCAUUUUCAAUGUGACUGAUGACUGGGUUCCCCCAUUCAACCUCAGCGAAGUUUACAUUCAAAACUGCAGAGUGGGUCCUGCGUUUCCGGUAUGGCUUCGAUCUCAAACUCAACUAGUUGAUGUCCGCCUUGACAAUACUGGAAUUUCUGAUCGAAUACCUGAGGAAUGGCUCUUGAAGAUAUCUUCACAGGUUGAAUUCUUGUAUUUACCUAACAAUGGCAUUGGUGGAAAACUUUCCUUCCAAUUCAAGUUUCCGAAUAUAAUUCUCAUAGAUUUGCGUCACAAUCAAUUUGAAGGCACACUCCAGCAGCUUUUGCCCACAAAUAUGCCUCUAUUAGGAGGCUUGUUUCUUUCUGAUAAUCAUUUGAAAGGAACUAUUCCACCUUCAAUUUGCCAAGUGCAACAUAUGAAAAUCCUUUCUCUCAGGAACAAUCAAUUGUCCGGAGAGUUUACUCAAGAAUGGAGUCUGUGGAGCGAAAUACGUAUCGUGGAUGUCUCAAACAACAAUCUCUCUGGUAAUAUUCCCAGUUCAAUGGGCAUCCCAUGUUCUCUUUCAGUUUUGAAGAUGCACAACAAUCAUUUUGGAGGUGAAAUUCCUUCUCUCUUGCAAAAUUGCUCUGCUUUGAUUGAUAUUGACCUGAGUGGCAACAAACUCACUGGAAUCCUGCCUAUAUGGAUAGGGUUAAAGCUUUCUUAUUUGGAGUAUGUACUAUUGCGACGUAAUUUUUUAAGAGGAAAUAUUCCCGAACAGUUGUGCAAUCUUCAAUACCUUCAUAUCCCAGACCUUGGCCAUAACAACAUUUCAGGGACUAUUCCCACAUGUUUGAGUAAUUUGACUGCUAUGCAGUAUGAGGGGGUCGGUUUUUUAGGCUUCAUGGAUUACGACGAGUUAACAGCAGUUAUCAUGAAAGGAAGAGAACUUGAAUAUAGCAAUGAUCAUACAUUGCUUUUGGUAAAGAGCAUUGAUUUUUCUUCUAAUAAUUUAGAAGGUGAAAUCCCUGAAGAUAUAAGCUUUCUCAUUGGAUUGGGUUCCUUAAACUUGUCGGGGAACCAUUUAACUGGAAAGAUUCCAUGGAAGUUCAGAAACUUAAGCAAGUUGGAAACUCUUGAUCUCUCACACAACCACCUUUCAGGAGAGAUUCCCCAGAGCUUUUCUUCUUUGACCUCAUUGUCUCACUUGAACUUGUCUUAUAAUAACCUUUCUGGAAGAAUUCCUUCAGGGCACCAACUUCAAACAUUGGAUAAUUCAUCCUACACGGGGAAUCCAUCACUCUGUGGUUUUCCUCUUUCAACCAAGUGCCCGGGAAAGCUUGGUUUCUAUAUCAGUGAAGAUGAAGAUGAAGAUGAUAAUGGAAAGCUUGGUUUCUAUAUCAGCAUGGUCCUCGGGUUUGUCAUAGGCUUCUGGGGUGUUUUUUGGCACAUUACUCAUAAAGAAGUCAUGGAGGUAUGCCUAUUUUCAAUUCUUUGA